AUGGCCUCAUCCGCUUCGCAAGCGCUAUUGUCGGACUUGCAGGACCGCAUCAACGUUGCCAAGCGAGAGCUUGAUACCUUACGAGAGACGGAUGAGGAGUACGAAGUAAAGAAAAUGGUGUUGGAACAUGGGCUAGCUAGCCUUGAGACACAGUACGAGACUGAACAACAAGAAGACUAUCGUCGACAACAUGAGGACGAUGUGUACUCACCAGGCACUAGUACGGACCUCCCUAUCGUUGGCAACCAUGGCCACCAACGACCUCAAUCCAGCGACGCCGCGAUGAAGCCUGCCAGCAACGGCUUCGCAUCGUACGCGGGAAGCUCCAACAAUGCAUUCGGAGGCCACUUUGCAUCAGACGGCUUGAUGGCAGGUCAGGGCAGACCAGCUGCUGCACCUUCGUGGGGUUUUGGGUCACUUGAAGACACCUUCACCCCGGACACAACGAGCUUUCCGUCCAUGAAUGGUCGUCUCUCAUCUGGAUCCAUCUCCAGUCCCGAUUCUGGCUUUCUCCGCCCCCAGAAGCGGCAGAGGGAGAGUAUGGGUCUCUCAAAUACGGGCGGCCACGCUGCCAAGUCUCUGCGUGCAACCCCUAGCCCUGCCAUUACUGGCACAACAACACCGACAUCCCUUGAAUCUUUUGAAUUCCCCGAUGAUCCGGACCUCUUCCAUCUUCUUGGGGGCAACCCAAAAGAUCAUAUUCGCGAGAUGAGAGAGGAGCAGAAGGCGCAAGAGAAGCUCUUAGAGGCAAGGCGCAAGCAAGAGCGUGAAGACGAAGACUUUGCACGAUCACUGCAGCAGUAUGGAGAUGGCAACGGGGACAUCGGUCAUGUGGAACACGCAACUCCAGGGCCAAGUACCGCUUCUCACAACACAUCGCAGACUGUUCUUGACUCGCAGGGGCGAUACCGUCGACCUGAACCCUUCUCAUCGCCCCUUUUUGUUGGGGAGGAUCCCUUCUCUUCUUACACUUUGCCGGUCAAACAGGAAAGCUUAUAUCGACAUGAUCAUGCUGGUAUCAAGCAGGAGAAUGCAAAUCGGAACACCAAUGGGCACGCCCCCGUCAAACAAGAAAGAUCACAUCAGUCGCAGUCUUUCAUCGACCUGGGCAGUGAUGAUGAAUUUGGCGCUACAGGAGAUCCUAGCCAUCCAAGCAGCGAUCUCGUCGAAAUUGAUCCCAGUGAUUUCGCCAACAACCGCAGCAUUCCAGGACCGUAUAAUCCAUAUGGAAACACUGCAGAAGGCUCCGGGCCAUCAACCUGGGGCAACAUGGGGGGCCAGAUUGGACAGUCUGUUAUCAAUGCUGCCAGAGGAGUAUACAAUUCAGCGUACGAUCUGGUCGACCAGCAGCUCGCCGAAUAUGGGACCACUCCCUCAGGUUUUGGCGGCUUUGGUGGUCCGUCGGUUUACAACAAUGGAGCUGGCUCAUCAUCAAAUUUUAUUGACUUGGACUCUUAUGAUCCGCCACAAGAUUUGACGUCCAGCGUCUUUGGUAGACAUGGCAUCAACCCAAACGACCCUGCCAACAGAGAACUUGUAGAGUCCUACAUGGAUCGUAUCAAUUACGUGACUCACGACCCCACGCGUACCACUGCAGAGAUCAAGUCUCUCUUGGAGAAUAUCCGACCGGACGAAGAAUUACCCCCAGAGAACCGCGAGGGUACGCCCGAUGCGAUGACGUAUGCUCUCAUGGAGCACCAGAAGCUGGGCCUGACCUGGAUGAGGACUAUGGAAGAGGGAUCAAACAAGGGGGGUAUACUGGCCGAUGAUAUGGGUCUCGGAAAGACUAUUCAGGCCCUUGCUCUAAUGGUAGCCAGAAGGUCUACAGAUCGGAAAUGCAAGACUACUCUGAUUGUAGCCCCUGUGGCCCUUCUCAAGCAGUGGGAACGUGAGAUCCAACAGAAGCUAAAGCCGGGUCCACGCCAUACAUUGACAACGUUCAUUUUUCAUGGCGAUAAACGUCACACGACGUUUGAGCGUUUACGGACCUUUGAUGUUGUACUUACAACAUACGGGACUCUGGCCUCCGAAUUGAAGCGACGAGAAGACAUUGUCAUGAAGAAACGUGCUAAUGCAAAUUGGAGACCUUCAGGCAGAGAGGACAAUCUUCCCCUCUUGGGUGACGAGUGCAAAUGGUACCGAGUCAUUCUUGACGAAGCUCAGUGGAUCAAGAACAAGUCUACAAAGCAGGCACAGGCAGUUUCCCAGUUGCAAGCGCUAACAAGAUUCUGCAUGACUGGCACGCCCAUGAUGAACAAUGUGUCGGAACUCUACAGUCUAAUUCGUUUCCUUCGCAUCCGUCCAUAUUGCGAACCAGAGAAUUUCCGCCGAGAUUUUACAACACCGCUAAAGAGCUCUUCAGAUUCCGCCAAGAGCCGAGCCAUGCGAAAAUUACAGGCUUUGCUAAAAGCCAUUCUCCUUCGUCGUACUAAGAAAUCUCAGAUAGAUGGAAGAUCUAUUCUGGAUCUCCCAGAAAGAACCACUGAACAAAGCCAUGCGGUUUUCAGCGAUGACGAGCUGGCGUUCUACCAGGCUUUAGAGACGCAUACUCAAUUGACUUUCAACAAGUACCUGAAAGCGAACACUGUGGGACGGAAUUAUUCCAACAUCCUGGUCCUCCUAUUGCGUCUCCGUCAAGCAUGCUGUCAUCCUCAUCUUAUCAAAGAUUUUGGGCAGGCAUCAGGCUCUGCAGACGUCACUCCAGAGGACAUGUUGAAGCUGGCGAAAGAACUUGCUCCUGAGGUCGUUGCCCGUAUUAAGGAGCAAUGUUCUUUGAAUGAAGACAGUGCAAUGGAGUGUCCGGUGUGCAUGGACAUGGCCGAUAACCCUACAAUAUUCAUACCAUGCGGGCACAAUACCUGUUCUGAGUGCUUUGCACGGAUAUCUGACCCGUCUCAGGCCAAUGCUGAUGGGAAUGAAGGCCGCAACCCUGACAUCAAGUGUCCUAAUUGUCGCGGCAAAAUCAUACCAACGAAGGUCAUCGACCACAACGCCUUCAAGCGCGUUUAUCUGCCUCAGCUAAUGAUCGACGGACUAUUGGACGAUGAUGAUGACUCCCAGGCCGAUGUUGAGACUACAGACGACAGUGAUAGUGACGAUGAUGAAGAUGAAGAGGAUGACGAGGUCGAUUCGAAGGGCAAUCUCUUCAACUUUGUCGUCCGAGACGACGACGAUGAGGAUUCUUUUGAGACGGAAGAAGGGGACGGUUCCUAUAAUGGUGGCGAAGCUUCGGGCAAGAAGCCUUCAACAUCGAAGAAAGCAAAAAAACGAAACAAGGGCAAGGGCAAGGGCAAAGCCAAAGAGAAGAAGCCGCCGAAGCAGACUUUAGCAGAGCUCAAGAAAGCAGGAACGCGCAACAUCAAGGCCCGCCGGCGAUACCUAAAGCGACUGGACAAAGAGUGGAUACCCAGCGGCAAGACUGAGAAGACGAUGGAGAUCCUCAGAGCUAUCCAGGAGAGAAAGGAUUCAGAGACAAAUCAGUGUGAAAAGACCAUCAUCUUCUCGCAAUUCACCUCUUUACUGGACCUACUGGAAGUACCCAUUGCCAAGGCAGGAUGGGGUUACCGCCGCUACGAUGGCAGUAUGACUGCCAAUGCCAGGAACGACGCAGUCAUCGAUUUCACCGAUCGAAAAGAAUGCAAAAUCAUGUUGGUGUCUCUUAAGGCGGGAAAUGCCGGGUUGAACCUCGUGGCCGCGUCCCAAGUGAUCAUCCUGGACCCGUUUUGGAACCCGUUCGUAGAAGAACAGGCAAUUGAUCGAGCUCAUCGGAUUGGACAGCAAAAGCCCGUCCAGGUUCACCGCGUGCUCGUUCCCAACACCGUUGAAGACCGAAUCCUGGCGCUUCAGGAGAAGAAGCGCGAACUCAUUGAGGCAGCACUUGACGAGAAGGCCAGUCAGAACGUUGGUCGUUUGGGCAUUCGCGAGCUGGGAUUCUUGUUCGACGUUGCCACCUAG